AUGAAUCCAUACGUUGGAGCUGGAAAUAAACCAGAAAACCCACAUGGACUACCGGCACCGGAAGAAGCUCUCUUGCCUGGAACCCUGAACCCAUAUCAUGAUGGCCGCAUACGAACGGCAGUUCCGAGCAAGCUCAAAGGCAGAACAACCAGGACCCAAGGCAACUUCAGUGUCCUGCAAAUGCACGUCCAGAAGCCAGAGGUGACGGCGCGUGACCUUGCUGCUAAGCGUACAAGUGAAAGAACCGCUGCUGCUGCAAAGCUCGCGAGUUCUCAAGGAUAUCGUCACCCAAGAAGACUUCGGCUACAAUCUCCAGUCACCUCUCCAGUCUCUGUUCCUGUUGCAAUUUCUCUAACUCAGACCUCCUCCUCACCUCAUCCGCAACUCCAAUCGGUCGUUCCACCUACUCCUAGACCCAAUUCUCUACCUCACAUCACUACUUCACCUACACAUCAAGAAAGAUCCUUACAACGACAGGCGGUAGCUGCAGCGAACACCACAUUGGAUACCAAUACUCAGCAGGUGGAUGAUCCGUUCACGGAAUCAAAUGGUCUGCAGGGGAUAAGCCCAGAGCAUUCUCGCGAGUCAUUUGCUGUAGAUACUAUACAAGAGGGUAAUACGGAACAACCAGAUGGCCCAAGCACAGACCAAGAUCCUACGCAAGACACCAAUAUGGAGGUCUCGGAUGAACCAUUCAUGACAGUAGACUCACCAGGGAUCGAAACAGAACAUACGAGCGAGGUAACAACGGUUAUGAGAGAAGUCAACAAGGAACAAGCAAGAGAAAUAACAGUUGAUUUACAAGAGACCAACACGAGUCAUAUAGCCAAACCAGGAUCUACGCCCCAACCUCUAUCACCUGCUGUAGUCAAGGCAGAACAGGCCCGGAUCCUCACGCUCUUUCGAUACACCCAACCAAGGUUCAUCGUAGACCAGCUUGUGGAGGCGUUGGUUCAUUUUGGAACAAUGCCUGAUGUGCCUCCGACAGAAACAAGUUUGUUUAUUCAGAGUGCUUUCAACAAUGGCCCGGGUGAUCUCUUCGUCUCCUGGCUUUCUGAAAUUUUCCCUGCCAUCCCUCUUGAGUCACAUAAAAUGAAGAAACCGCCAACAGGGAGGCCACGAGGCAGGCCAAAGGGAAGCAUUGCUGGUUACAACAAGGAGACGACUACAGUGCAAAGUGCCGUUGCAGAUACUCAAGGGCCGGAUGUACCACUCUCGCCGAUCCAAACCGCUCAAAGUCUCACAGCUACCAUUGUACCGGCCUUACGGGGACAGGAAGACGUGACACUACAACCCGUUGCAGACGUUUCAGGCCGGACUGUUGCAAUCCCACGAAUGAGGCCAAUAUUCCCUUCAACGGCGCCAACUACAAAGUUAUCUGCGUCAAACCCAACACCAGCACAACGCAAGAAACCUACGGGUAGGCCUCGCGGCCGACCACCUGGGUCGAAGAACAAGUUGAAGUCGAUAUCCAAAGCACAAAGUGAAAAGGUUGACCAGCAGGAUUCGCGACCUGACAAGUUAAAUUACUCAGUGCCACAGUCUGGAGCAUCCUGGUCUCAGCAGCAAAGCGGCGGCCCGUCGGAUACUACUGAGUCAACUAGGGUGAAUCCGAAUCAAGCAGUCACCAGAGUCGCCCAGGCAGAUGCAUCUAACUCGCUUGGUGGAAUCAAAGAGAAAAGAAAGAAUACUAAUACCGAAGUCUCCAAUAUCAACCAAAACCUGUCGUUUAUUGCCUUGGAGGAACAAAGGGCCUCGCAACAAGCUCAUCCACGAGAAGGCCCAGCUACUAUUUUGCCUCAGGCCUCAGACUCGACUGUUCCAACAACGAACAGUUCUCUUCAUUCACAACACGCAAAGCGGCGUCGCUUAUCUCAGGAGAUGAUGCAAAGGGAUCCUGUGUCGUCUACAUCAAGCAUUUCUGGAUCACGGGCACUGUCAGAUGUGUUUGAGAGCAACUUGAGCCUGGGAUUCCAAUCAGCUCAGUCUCGUCCGUUACAGUAUUUUUCACGGCAUCGGAAUCAAAACUGGGAUAUGGAGAAUUUCUACCCGGGGCAACAGCCUCAAUCUCAGCUACAUCCUCGCCUACAGCAACCGUCCCGUCCACUGCAGCUUUCACGAAAUAUGGGAUCUGGAGCAUGAAGUCUGUCAUCGAAAACUUCUUCUCCUCCGAAUGAUAUCUGUUAAAAGCAAAAGGGAGAAAGAUCCUAAUAGCUAUUGAAAUAUAUAUACUUCAACGCU